AUGCCCCAAACCCAACUAGGCCACGUCCCCUCUCUAUUCCCGCACAUCAAAGACGAAUGGUGGAAGGACUCGUAUGAUGAGAUCUUCCUCUGGACCGACGGCGACUGCGUCGAGGACCCAGCCCUAACAGACGCCGAAUGCACCACCCUCCUCCAGCUCCCCAAAGUCAGCGCCCUCUUCGCCGCCACAAAUUCUCCCAAUGCCGAUGUCACCACCAACUCUUCCGGCAUAGGCAUACAAGUCCUCGACCUCUGCUGCGGCCAGGGCAGACACACAAACACCCUCGCCGCCCAAUUCCCCUUCGCCACCUUCCACGGUCUCGACCAAAGCACCUACCUCCUCGACCUCGCACGCCAGCGCGCAAAGAACGAGAACGUCGACCGCAACACGCUGUAUACAACCGGCGACGCCCGCGCUAUCCCCGCACCGAACGGGUCCUACGACCUUGUUUUCCUCCUGGGGAAUUCCUUCGGUCAUGGAUCCCACGAUGAUGACCGGAGACUCCUCCGGGAGACGGCGCGCGUGCUUAAACCGGAUGGGGUCUUUGUUAUUGAUUUCGUGGAUGGGGGGUGGAUGCGUGAGAAUGUAUCUGCGGCUGCAUGGGAGUGGUUAAAUAGUGACCGCUUUAUACCAGCGCCGGGGCGACAUGGGGGUAAGAAUAAAGAUGAGGAGGAGAGGAAACUCGUCGCCCUGCGCGAGCGCGAGCUCUCACCGGAUAAGAAGCGCCUUGCGAGUCGGGAGAUUGUGGUUGAUUUGGCGGCGCCGCGCGUGUACCAGGAUCUGUUUUAUGCGGUGCAGCUUUAUGAUGGGGUUGAGAUGGAGGGGAUGUUUGGGGAGGUUGGAUUGCGGAUGUUAGAGGGGAUCGGCAUUACCACGUCUACAUCUGAGGAUGCUUCUGCUGGUGCUCGUGCUGGUGCAGGUGCAGCUGGGGAUCAGGGGAUGAUGGGCCAUAGACAGCUUCUUGUUGCGUGGAAGGACUCUUCGUCUCUGUCUACGUCUCCGCCUGCUGCGUGUGUUGAUCCCCAGGAUGCGGAUACGUAUGUUCAUCCGCAUAUCACACUAGACUACGAAGAGGGCAAGGGACGUCUUCUCCGUGCGACGGCGGCAAUAGAUGCUGACACGGUUGUGAUUGCUGAUGCGCCGUAUGCGAUCGUCCCCACUGUGCCGCCGGAUAGCAACGAAGCCCUAAUCUGCAGUAACCUGCUGUGUCGACGACGGGUGCCGCAGGACGCAGAGGGGGUCCGCUGUGCUGAUAACUGCAUCAACGAUGUUAUCUGGUGUAACAGCCACUGUCGGAAGAUAGACCAGGCACGGCAUGACUUUGAAUGUGCAUGGUUGAAGAAAUACGGGACUCGGCUCCGCCAGGAAGAAGGGGAGGAGGACUUCGCUAUGCUCUGGAUUAUUGCCCGGAUGCUCGCUGGUCGGGAUCUAGAGCUGAGAAUCAAAUCUACUAACCCCGACUCGCAGCAGGACAAGCUUGACCUGCCAUGGAGCAACCGGUUCAAGCGCGGCUGGGAUGCUGGAAUCGACAACCUACUAGGCAACCGUGAACGCUGGCCGCAGGAAAGACUGCAGCACUGGGCGGAUCUUGUCGAACGAUAUCUAAGCGAUGAAGACCAACCAGGCCUGUUGAGCCCAGACGACGUCCUAACUCUCAUCUGCAAAGAAGAAACAAAUACCUUCGGCCUGUAUACCGUCAACACCGGUCCUCCAGAGACCCAGAAAGAACGGGGCGCUUCGUACGGUCUAGCUUGCUAUCCUCGAGCUACAAUUUGUAAUCACUCUUGUCUUCCAAAUCUUAAACACGGCCCUGACGACCGCGGCCGGAUGGUUAUGACCACGACGCGCGAUAUCGCUGCCGGAGAGGAAUGCUUUAUUGCGUACAUUGAUCUGUCGGUGCAUAAGAGUCUCGAGGCGAGGCAGAAGCGGAUUAUGCAUUAUUUUACGUUCUCCUGUGUUUGCGACCGUUGUUUACAAGAGCGAGCCGAGACUGACAUAGACAGAUCUUAG